AUGUCAACUUUGGUACCUCAUAAACAGCUUGACUUUAGGAAUGGGUUUCCAGAAUUUGAAUUUAACGAGUGCUACGCGGGUUUUGAUAAUAAUGAUUAUCUUUACCGACUUGUGAAUACCAAAACUCAGGAAUGGGCAUUUUACAACGACAGCACCGAAAAUAUUGUGAGGGUCAAGGCUCGCUUUAGCAGUGGUAGUGAUGUUCAGGCCUUAGACCGAACGCGCCUUGUGAAGCUCCCAAAGCCCGCCGAGCCGGAACCCGGAAACUCGACGGAGGUGAAUUCGUCCAAGCGGUACGACAGCGAGGCCUUUCUAGAGGUGGAGCCCUGCUCCACGGAGUUGUUUAUUAAAGGCCAAAUCAACGGUUAUGUGAUCGAGUUCUACUCCGAGUCGGCGCCGGCGAAGAACGUCGAGUUCGAGUUCCGCACCCCGAGUGUGCCUUACGACAAGGUCUACAAGUGCUUUAAGGACAAAGGCAACGGGCUUCUCUUUCGGCUGGUGGACAACAAACACAACACCUGGGCUUUCCACAACGACACCCAGGACUACAACAUGACGGUUUCCGUCGAUUUCGCCAACAAAAGCGAGGCCACGCCUCUAAACGCCACGACGGUUUCGUUUACCCCCUCUUCGAGCCCGGACGGGGUGGUCUACGUUCUCGAGAUCGGCCCUGGCCAGACGGAGAUGUUUAUUUCGGGCGCCCCCACCUCGUACAAACUCGGGUUCGCCGCCGAGCCGGUUCCCAAGCUCGGGGAGAGCGAUAUCGCCUUUGCGAACGGGAGCCCCGACCCGGCGAUUAUCCCGAAUCAGUCCCAUGUCUUCAAGUGCUUUAAGGAGCACGGCAACGGGCUUCUCUUCCGAAUCGUGGACGACGUGAACAAGAUCUGGGCCUUUUAUAACGACACCGCGGACUUUGUCAUGACGGUGAACUCGCGGAUUCCCGCCACGGAGGACGUCCAGAUCGCCCCCGGCGUGGAGCGAACUCACAACGAGGCGGAAGGGGAGAUGCUCUUGACGGUGCAGGUGCCGCCGUUGGGGACGGUGCCGUUUAUUAUCGGGAAUCCAAAGGGCAUCGAAACGACCUUUGCCGCCACCCCCGUGCGUGAUCCCGAGGACUUUGUGAAGCCGCAGUACGAGAACGGCGCCCCCGAUCCCAACGUCAUCCAGGCGGAUGAAGUUCACAAGUGUUUUAAGGAUUACGGUAAUGGGCUGCUCUUCAGGCUGAAGGAUACCAUCAACCGUCGUUGGGGCUUUUAUAAUGAUACUAAAGAUAAUAUUAUGACCGUUAAGGUCUCUAUGACCGAGGUUGGAAACGUGCAGACACUUGGGAAAACCAAGAUUGUGGAUGAUCCGGAAAUGGGUGAAAUAUACACACUUGAAGUGCAUCCGCUAAUGACUGAGUUGUUUAUUGAAGGAGACGUUUACGGUUUCACAUCGCGCUUUACUGCGGCUAAAAUAUCUACAUCAACACAUUUUAGUUAA